UGUUGGUCACGGUUGUGGAAACAUCUUCAUACCAAUCAGAUCCACAUGAUUAUUAUUGGAUCAAAUUUGCCCUAAACGUGUUCAGCAAAAUUUAGGUGCUAAGUUAAAUGAACCAUUAUAUUUGUGCAAAUCAGAGUCUAUAAAACAGAGCACCAAAUACAGGACAGUGGCAUCGGCACAAUGGACAUGGAGGUGUUGUGGUAAAACAGUAGGAGCUAUUACAAACAUAAACCUAUACACAAACAAACACACAGAUACACAGACACACCCGUAUACAUGAGAUGAACAACAGAAACACUUUGCUGAAGAGGACGUGAUGUCAGAAGUUCUCACUCUAGAUGCCAUCCUGUUUGGGGUGCUUGUCUUCAUAGGCAUCCUGGGAAACAUACUGGUCAUUCAUGUGGUAUUCAAGUCAGCUGCUGAAAGUCGGUCUCAUUGGCUUCCUCCAUCAGACACCAUCUUGGUGCACCUGUCCCUUGCCAACCUCUUGACUUCCCUUUUCCGUACCGUGCCCAUCUUUGUGUCUGACCUGGGCCUGGAAGUUACCCUUGCCCCUGGCUGGUGCCGCUUCUUCAUGCUGCUGUGGGUAUGGUGGCGGGCUGUCGGUUGCUGGGUCACCCUGGCCCUCAGUACCUUCCACUACUCCACACUGAAACGCAGUCACAUGUCCAUGGGCGCACUGGCGCAGAAACGGGAGAGGAAUCGGGUGUGGAUAGCCCUGGGGCUGGUGUGGGGUGCAAACCUGGCCUUCUCCCUGCCAGCACUGGUCUAUACCACCCACGUCCAUGGCAAUGCCACGGUGGAGCUGAUGGUGAUCAGCUGCACCACCCAGCCCUUGCUUGGCUGCGUCUGGGAGUUCCCUACCAUAGAGCAGGGCACUGCCUUUGCUUCCGCUUCUCUAGCCUUUAACGAGGUAUUGCCUUUGCUCCUGAUGAUAGCCACCAAUCUGGCUACUUUACAUGCCCUGUACAAGCACAUCCGGGCAGUCACCUCCGGGGGCGAGGCGGAGGGCGCUAAGCCGGGCGACCUAGACAAACAUGUGGCCAGUGAACGUAAGGCAGGUCAUGUGAUCAUGUCACUCGUAUCACUGUUUGUGGUGUGCUGGGCUCUGCAGGUUGCUGCGGUGACCUAUUACAACCACGACAGGGGUCGCAAUGCGGAACAGCUGUUGACUGUGGCCCAUUUCUCUGCCUCACUGUUUGUGGGCUUUAGUCCCAUGGUGGUGGCCCUGGGACAUGGUAAGCUGAGAAAGAGAAUCAUAGGAAUGUUCAAGGAGUGGGGUGAUGUGGUCAAAUGUCGACAACGGGACACAGCUGAGAAAGAGAUCAAAGCUUCAGAGACUACUGGGAAAAAGGUGAAACCAACUGUUCUUGUUGUUCAAAAUAAGUUAUCAUUGUAG